GCUGGAGGUGAUACCUGGAACGCCAUCGUCGUUGAAGACGAUGACGCCAAUGUUACUCCUCAGGACCGAGCAAUUGCCAAUCUUAGCAGAGCCGUGCGGAACUACCAGCCACGCCGGCGUACGGCCAGGGAAAGUCGCCGCGAUGAGACUCAGUCCCUAGACGAGGUCCAGCACGAAGAAGAUAUCCUGGGGGAGCUGGGCGAGGUUAUCGAUCUCACCGCGGAUGAUGAUCCUAUCGUCUACCGGGCUCAACCUCGACAGCACUUUCCGGCUCCCAUCCCGAUACCUCUCGAAAGAUCUCUCCGGGAGCUCGUCUUAUCAGGUGGCAGGACAAUAAAGGUAAACUUCUGCUACCAAGUGUGCAGUCCGCAGAAUAGAUAUUUCAAGGUAGAGUUCCUUCGCGUCACUGAAAUCAUCCAGCGAGGCUUCGCAGGCCACGAGUUCGUCCGUGGCAUUCCCUACGCCCGAAAUAAGUCCCUGGGAGGACGGCUUCCGCGCAAGCGGAACGAGGUCUUUGCGAUCUACGAAGUUCAGUACGACGAUCUCCGGCCAGUUGAGCAGCAGGGGCUGGUUGAGAUUCCGGCUCUGGAGCUAGGGGUGCCCCGUCGCCUUCACAUUACCAACGCUCCCUUCCCCGCCCAUCGAUACGACCCCAACAUGUCCCCAGACGAGCAGACGGCGGAACAGGAGGGACCUCUCGUCUGUCGUUGGAAAGUCUUCGCGUACUUUCAUGACGCACGCACCCAUGCUGCUCUGAAGGCUUGCGAAUGGGCGAUAGCGCGGAUCGCUUCUGGCGAGGUACCAGAGGCCGAGUUUCGAGUUAACGAAGAAACCCUGAGCCAGAACUGGCGAGGCUCUACAAUUCGUGGAGGUGCACACAACCCGCCGCGUCUUGUACCAUCUCACAGGCGAAUGCCAGUUCGCGGCGAAGGACAGCAGUAUGAGAUGUUCGACGCGUUCUGUGGUGCUGGCGGCGCCUCUCGUGGCGCCGAACGCGCCGGCUUCAAGAUCAAGGGAGGCAUUGAUAUGGCACGGCAUGCGUGCGAGAGCUACAGGCUCAACUUCCCACGCGCCAAGUUGUUCCCGAUGACGGUGCACGAAUUCCUCUUCACGACCCGUCACCAAGAGCUCCGCGCCGACGUCUUACACCUUUCUCCCCCCUGUCAAGUAUGGUCCCCCGCCCACACCGUUGACGGCGUUAAUGACGACGCCAACGUUGCGGCUCUUUUCUCAUGUCGACAGUUGAUUGAGAAAUUUCGACCCCGUAUUUUUACCCUGGAACAGACCUUCGGAAUUCUGCAAAAGAAAUUCGAGCUCUUCUUCAACGGCCUUGUCGCGGGGUUCACGGACUCGGGGUAUUCCGUUGCCUGGAAAGUGAUAAGCAUGGCGAAUUAUGGGCUGCCGCAGAGGCGUAAGCGUUUGAUCAUGCUCGGGGCCGGUCCAGGGGAGAAGUUGCCCGACUGGCCCCCCCAUACGCACUCGGAGACAGGGAGGGAUGGCUUGCGUAAGUAUACGUCGAUACGACAGGCCCUGAGAAAGAUAAACAACCAUAUCGAGAGAACAGACCCCCACCACAGACCCGUAAUCACAGCGGGUGCGGCCGAUGCCAUCGUGAGCGACCCCGACGGCAUCCUGCGGCGCUGCAUGACCACGAGCGGCGGCCAGAACAGGCAUUAUAGUGGGACACGCAACUACACCAACCGCGAGUUUGCCUGCCUACAGGGCUUCCCGGUGUGGCACCGCUUUUCUGAGUAUUCCGUACGCAAGCAGAUCGGCAACGCUUUCCCCCCUUGUGUCGUCCAGGUCUUUUACGAGCACAUACAGAAACACCUGCAUCGAGCGGACGGGUUCGUGGGCAGUUCAAGGCCGCGGCCCGUCAUCGGCGAGAGGUCCAUGGUGCUGACAGUGGAC